AUGUCGUUUUACCAGUCAAUUCUACUUCUUUGUUCAUGGGUUGCCCAAGGAUGCAACUACGAGCAAACUCCCUUGGGCUUCGGUUCCCAUGCAGUGUACCAUCCAAGUAUCGCCUUUGAGGAGAAGGUUACCUGGUCUCUGGAGCAGUUUAAAGGCUAUGGUGUUGCGGACCUCGCAACCUCGCAGCCAGUAUCAGAGCACACACUCUUUUUUGGAGGCAGUACAACAAAGGCUUUCACGGCAGCGCUGAUAUCACUUCUUGUUGACGAUAAUGAGAACUUUCCCGAGAUUCAAUGGGAUGCACCCGUCCAUAGUAUUAUCCCGGACGACUUUACCCUUAACGAUCCGUGGUUUACAACCCAAGUCACAAUAGAGGAUAUGCUCUCUCAUCGUUCUGGCAUGCCUCGCCAUGAUUGGGUUUGGUUUGCCAACAUGAGUUUACAGGAGGCUGUUCGCAAAAUGAGGUAUCUUCCGCUUACAUCAACCAUUCGUACUAAAUUUCACUACUGCAACCUGAUGUAUAUGGCGGCCGCGCAUCUUAUCGAGAUUAAGACGGGACAGCCAUUUAAGGAUGUGCUACGCGAGCGAAUCUUGAAGCCUCUAGGGAUGACGGAAACGUAUGUUUCUUUGUCGGAUGCUCAGGCGGCGGGAGAAGAAAUUGCACGAGGAUACUUUUUGAAUUCGACGAGCCAGCUGCAAGACACGGAGCUGUCUUUCCACGACAGCAUCCGUGGGGCCGGUAACAUCAUCACCUCUGCGGCUGAUUACGCUAAGUGGGUUCAAGCGAUGAUACAUCGUAGCCCGCCAAUUUCGGCAGCAGGUUACGCUGCAGUCUUGGGGGGCCAUACUAUUAUCUCUCCGGAGCCAAUCACCCCAGAUACGUCGCCCACUUUGUAUGGAUUUGGGUGGUUCUUGCAAGGGUUUGGGAGCCUUGUGUGUUUCCUACCAAAGAGGAAAAUCGGAUUUGUUAUCCUAGGAAAUAACAUGAUUGGCACAAACGCAGCUGUGACACUACUUGGAAACCACCUAAUCGAUGAUAUUCUCGGGAUUAAAGAGAAAGACCGGCCGAACUGGAGAAAAAGGGCAGAAGCCACGUUAGAGAAUACUAAGAUCUCUCCAAGAGUCUUAGAGGAUCUCUAUCCACGUAUUCCUAACCCUCCUCUUCCCCCUUCUCUCAAACUAUCGGAUUACGAAGGCGUAUAUACACAUCCUGCCUACCCGACUCUCAAAAUAACCACCGAAUGCCCCACGCACUCUCUAUUUCCUAAAUUAUCCGGCAAACGGAAGUUAGGAGCAGACCGUCUCUGUGCCAAACUUUCCCAGAGUGCUUUCGGUGGCUCAGCACUUAUCCUGGAGCUCAGACAUGUUACUGGUGAUUUCUGGAUAGUUGGCACGUUGAUGUACGGCGCAACUUCUGCCACGAGGGGGAAAUUCAUCCUUAGUCCAGAGGGGGUCAUAAAUCAAAUAUCCAUUGAGAUGGAACCUACCAUGGCUCUAGAGCACAAGGGAAUACACUGGCAAAAGAAGUCUUAG